AUGGCAAUCGCCUCCAGUGAUGGCGACGACACCGACAACGAGUUUGAGUACGUUGCGUCCUCCAAAGUCCCGGCGGGCAGGCGUGUGACGGCAGGAGCGGCACCACGCACAGGCAAGACUGUGUACGAAGAGGAACGUGACGCUCGCGUGCGUGCCAUGGUGAAGCAGCACGGCCUCCAAGUACCGCCGCCGCCGAAGGAGGAGGAGGAGGAGAAGGAGCAGCUGCAGCAACAGCCAGUGUUUGCUGUGAGCGACGCGCCUGAUGAAGUGCAGGGCGAAGACCGGGCGGCGGGUUCCAGGCCGGCGCGUGACGCCACGGAGGAGGCGCGGCGGCUGAGGGACCAGCGCUACGCCAUGUACCGCCGCAAUAGGGACCUGAACCAGAACGCCCUCCGGGAGGUUGACCCCGACACGAAGCGGUACAUGCAGAUUGUCUACACGCCCGCGAACAACGGGGUGCGGCAGCAACAGAGCGGGCGGCGUGGCGGCUACGUCGGCGCGGGGCGU